CAAUCAUAUAAUAUAAGAGAAAAAGAGAAUCACCUAAGUUGACGAUCAUUGAGUUUGUACAAUCAUACAUCCAAUUCAUACCAACUAUCUCUCUCUCUCUUCACCAACCACGCCACUAACAUUCCACUCCUGCACUAUAUAUAUUAUACUCGGCAUGAUCACCCCAAGGCAAAAUGGCCCUCCCCCUCAUCCUCCUGGCCGCCGUCGCCGCCGUCUUGGCCGCGUACAAGGUGUCGAGGCGGCUCCGGUACAAGGUGCCGCCGGGGCCGCGGGCGCUGCCGAUCGUGGGGAACCUGUACAACAUAAAGCCGGUGCUGGUGCGGUGCUUCACGGAGUGGUCGGAGACGUACGGGCCCAUCUUCUCGGUGUACCUGGGGUCCCAGCUGAGCGUGGUGGUGAACUCGGCGGCGCUGGCCAAGGAGGUGCUCAAGGACAACGACGUGCAGCUGGCGUACCGCAACCGCACGCGGCAGAUCAACAAGUUCAGCAAGAACGGCUCCGAUUUGAUCUGGGCCGACUACGGCCCCCACUAUGUCAAGGUGCGCAAGCUCUGCACCCUCGAGCUCUUCUCCAUCAAGCGCCUCGACGCCCUCCGCCCCAUCCGGGAAGACGAGGUCACCGCCAUGGUUGCCUCCAUUUUCGACCACUGCACUAAGCCUGAAAACAAGGGUAAAGCUGUGGUGCUGCGUGACUACCUGGGCAUGAUGGCGUUCCUGCACAUAACAAGAUUAACUUUUGGGAAACGUUUCAUAGACUCAAAUGGUGUGAUUGAUGAGCAGGGCCAAGAACUGAAGUACAUUCUCAACAAUGCAAUCACUUUGGGCACCAAGAAAUCGGCCUUCGCAGAGUUCCUCCCUUGGUUCAGCUUCUUGUUCAAGGAGCAGAACGACGCCCUGGCCGCCCACGACGCCCGCGCCAAUAGCUUCACUAAGAGGAUCAUGGAGGAGCACACGCUCGCCCGCCAGAAGACGGGCAACACGAAGAACCACUUCGUCGAUGCUCUGCUGACGCUGCAGGAGGAGUACCAGCUCAGCGACGAUACCGUCACCGGCCUCCUUUGGGAUAUGAUCUCCGCGGGCAUGGACACGGCCACCAUCACGGCGGAGUGGGCGGUGGCCGAGCUGGUCCGGAACCCGAGGGUGCAGCGGAAGGUGCAGGAGGAGCUCGACCGCGUGGUGGGACGGGAUCGCGUGAUGACCGAGGCGGACAUCGCCAGCAUGCCGUACCUGCAGUGCGUGACCAAGGAGUGCUACAGGAUGCACCCCCCGACGCCGCUGAUGCUCCCCCACAAGGCCAGCACGGACGUCAAGAUCGGGGGCUACGACGUCCCAAAGGGCACCACGGUGAGCGUGAACGUGUGGGCCAUUGGUCGGGAUCCGGCCGUGUGGAAGGACCCUCUCGAGUUCAGGCCGGAGCGCUUCCAAGAGGAGGACGUCGACAUGAAGGGCACCGACUACCGGCUGCUGCCGUUUGGCUCCGGGAGGCGGAUCUGCCCCGGAGCACAGCUUGCCAUAAAUCUGGUGACCUCGGUGUUGGGUCACAUGUUGCACCACUUCGCGUGGUCACCACCUUCGGCCGAAGAUAUCGACAUGAUGGAGCAACCCGGGACCGUUACUUAUAUGAGCAAGCCUCUCGAGGUCAUUCCCACCCCGAGGCUCCCCGCCGAGCUCUACAAGCGUGUGGCCGUCGGAAAUGUUUGAAUCUUUGGCUUCUUAUUCCUCUUCAAAGAAUUAAUUCAACUUCAACUUUUUACGUGUGAUAUGUAUAUGUUGUAACAAUAUUCCUUUUCCAUAAUCUGAUUGGUCUACAAAUUGGCUGAA